AUGGCGGCUGCCGAACAUGCGAUAGCAAUCAAUGAUGAUAUACCAAUGGAGCUUCCUACACUCCCGCCCAACCAGGGCCUCGAGGCCUUCAAAGAUAUUGUGUUCGGAUCGGUCGCAGGAAUGGCAGGGAAAGUGAUCGAGUACCCUUUCGAUACUGUUAAAGUGCGUCUCCAAUCGCAACCGGAUCAUCUUCCCCUCAGAUACAAAGGUCCUUUGGAUUGUUUCCGUCAAUCUUUCCAGGCGGAUGGGCUACGCGGGCUCUACCGAGGCAUCAGUGCUCCCAUGGCAGGUGCUGCCAUAGAGAACAGCUGCUUGUUCUUCAGCUACCGCAUUAUGCAAGACGUCUUGAGGGCCACUAUCUACUCCCCAACCGACACCUUACCGUUCCCCGCAUUGGUAUUCAGCGGCGCCGCAUCUGGGUCCAUUACUUCUCUUGCGCUCACGCCUGUCGAGCUCAUCAAAUGCAAGAUGCAGGUUCCCCAUGCGUCUGGCGCAAAGGCGCCCGGGCCUUUGGCUCUGAUGGUAUCCAUUUUUCGUCAAGAUGGUAUUCUGGGCUUCUGGCGGGGGCAAAUGGGAACGCUGAUCCGCGAGACUGGUGGUGGCGCUGCAUGGUUUGGUGGCUACGAAGGAGUAUCUGCACUGUUUCGCGCAUCCCGUGCCCCACCUACAGAUGCCAGCCAGGAUGAAGCAGUGUCUGAUGCCAUUCCAAUUCACCAGAAGAUGAUUGCGGGUGCAGCGGCAGGUGUAAGCUACAACUUCCUGUUCUACCCUGCCGAUACGAUCAAGUCGCGCAUGCAGACCGAGGACGUCACCCAAGCAGCUUACAAUGGCAAACGUCAGACAUUCUGGGGUGUCGCCAAAGCUUUGUGGAGGCAGCAAGGGAUAGGGGGCUUGUAUCGGGGCUGCGGUAUUACCUGCGCUCGGUCUGCCCCCAGCUCAGCAUUCAUCUUCACUGUCUAUGAGGGUCUACGGAAUCAUUUUGCCUGA